GCAGCACUGCUAACGCGUUAAUAAAACCUUUUGUGCGCCACUCAAAAGCGUAACAUUAACACGUCCUUUUGGUAGUUUUUCACGCGAAUUCAGCAUGAGCACAGCAGGGUCCUGCGUUGCUGUUCUUUUAGCGUGCGCUGCGUUGGCAGUUCAGGUCAAUGGAGAUAUUUUCAACUAUGAUGAACGAUCCGAUGAAGUCACUCCAGUACUCUCUUUAGUGAAUACCAACGUUGACGAAAUCCAGCGAAUGUUUGGUGAUUUGGCAGAGAAUCUGGGAGAAAAUGCCGAAGAGGCGAUAAAACUUUUUAGAACCAAACGUGGAAGUCACGGUGGCAGGAGGCACAAGGGUGGUGAUAAAGGAGGACCUUUAAUAUUUGGACGUAAAAUGUGCUGUGACUUUCCGCAGUACCUGUCAGACAGAGAGCAAUCCAAGAGCUGUCACGCCGAAUUUGUGCAGCAGAAUGUUAGCAGAAGUGCUACGCGUGAGGAAAAUCAAGACACUAGCAAGUGUUUCAUGGAGUGCAUUGCGAAGAAGAAGGGUUGGGCCAAAGAGGACGGCACCAUCAACAAGGAGGCCGUGACUUCCUCCAUGUCUGCCAGCAACGCCAACGACGAUUGGCAGCCACUUAUCACCCAGGCCCAGGAAAAGUGUUUUGCAGAAUUGCCCACUGAAGCUGGAGAGAGUGAAUCAAAAUGCCGCGCCGAUUCCCAACAAUUCAUGUACUGCAUUUUUGAGCACCAUUUUUUGAACUGCCCAGCGAGUUCCUGGCGUGAAAGUGAGAAGUGUCGGGCGGCCGAGGCGCUGAUUGCAGCAGUGGCUAGCAAGAGGGACAAGUCCACGCGUUGAAGUCUCUACAAAAUUUGUGAUUUAACUUCCCUCUAUAUUUUGAAUAAAUAUUCUAGAAGUGACCUUUGCA